AGGUGGCAGCAGUGUAUAUUUAUUGAGGACAAAAAUAUUGAUUUUUCAUCAUGUUUCAAUUAAAAAUUCUUCGAAAUCCUAAGUCUUUUACUCAUAUGUUUUAUCAGAGAAGAUUUGUUGUCAAGAAAAAAUGGGCGAGACACAACAAGGAGAAAGAAUACAAACAACUUGCUCUUGAGCAUUUUGAUUACUAUCAUCAGCAGACGUUUAAUGAACAGUGGCCGUCAGUUCGACUUGCACUACUUUCGCAGCCAAAAUACAGCGCAUUAUUGAACAAUUUUAGUAGUAAAUGUGAAGAAAUUGGCUUAGAUCUGCUGGGUGAGGGGUCUUAUGAUAUCAUCCAGUUAGGAAUUGAAAGGCACAAAGAAUUGUCAAACACAGAAAGUGACAAGUUACAACUUCAGUCUACUCUAUUGGAUAUAAAAUCGACAGAUAUCGAAAAGAAUGACUCCAAAAAUGACAUUUUAGAAGAAGAAGAUGAUAGGACAGAUCUUUAUCGUUUUGUCCCUGCAGAAAAAGUUUAUACAGAUGAAGAACUAUUUGCCAUGGAGGAGCAUGACGCAAAUAUUCUUGAACCUGGAAGCUUUGAUGUGAAAACUGUUCCAGAUACAAACUUUCGUUUACCGAAUCUCCUGAAGGUUUUUACUCAGCCAAUGGGAGAGGUGGCAUAUUUUUCGCCUCCUAAAGGGGAUGCGUCUGGAAAAUUGGGUUACUACCCACUCGACGGUGCAUCCAUUUUACCCGUGUUGGCCUUGAACCUUCAACCAGAUGAUAGUGUCCUUGACCUUUGUGCAGCUCCUGGUGGGAAGUCCUUGGCAAUUCUUCAGACACAUUUACCAGGACUGGUGAUUUGUAACGACUUAUCUGGGAGUCGAAUGAGACGCCUGAGGUCUGUGAUAGACUCCUACCUGCCAGACUCUAUACGUGAUGAGAGCGAGGUGAUAUUGUUCUCGAAAGAUGCCAGAACAGCAGACUUUGGAAUUCAGUGUGAUAAGGUUCUGGUGGAUGUACCAUGUUUGACCGACAGACAUUGCCUCAAUGAGAAUGACAACAAUAUCUUCAAGCCUGGCCGAGUAUCACAACGGAUGAAACUUACCUCCACGCAAAGGGACCUCUUAAUUGCUGGCAUUAAAGCUUGUAAGCCUGGUGGCAGUAUUGUCUAUUCAACUUGCACGUCAACAAUGCCCCAAAACGAUGGUGUCAUCCAGGCUGCACUUGAGCACAUCUGGGAGACUACAAAAAUAGACGUGGUUGUUCAGGACACUUCGGUUAUGCGGACAUUGUUCAAGGACACUUACAAAUUUUACGAUAAAUGUCGAUACGGACAACUUGUGCUUCCACAUAUUCAGGCAAAUUUUGGACCUAUGUAUUUUUGCAAGUUAAAAAGACUAAAUUAGAUGCCUUGAUAAGAACUAAUCAAUAAACGUGUGUGGCCAGAUACAUGUAGCUACAGAGAUGCACUACCAGUUUUCAAGUUAUAUUUCAAUUUCAGAAAAUUUCAGUACACCAAGCAAAGUCCUAGUGGGUAAAAUACA